CUUUCUGUUGACCUAUCCGGGACUUGUGGUUCUUUCGUGUUCCCAUCUCCUAACCAAACGAGCUCCCCCAAAUCAUUCUCAUCGGAUGCGACAAAAUACUACUGACCGAAGGCCAACGCAAUCAAAAACAUCAAGUUAAAGCGUAGAGCGUGGAAGAUGAGGAGAGGACAUCCAGGCAAUGACGAGCAAGUGAAAAACAAAAGAAAAAAAAAUGAUGGGAAACGGGAACCUGACGAGCCAGAUGUGCCUACAACCUCAAAGAAAACAAAAUGUAUGCUACUUCCCAAUGACUAAAGAUCCACGAACUGCGAAGGAGUGAAUUUGUGACCCGUAUGUGAAUAAAUCGAGUGAUUCGAGCAUGUCUGUGGAACAGGAAUAUCAGCUUGUAGAGAUCGCAAAUCACGGCGACUUAAACGAACAUUUGAGACAACAACUCUACCGAAAUUCUGGAUUAAAGUCAUUUCGGAAUAUCUCGACAUCGCUUGGAGCGCGCUGAAAACUGUGCUACAAUUUCCAACAUCGCUAGCUUGAUGCUAGCUUCUCUCACUCUCCCAUCUCGUCUGAACGAAACAAACUCAGCCUUCCCACUGAUUCAGCGGUGUCUUGCAGACGUCACUAUUAAAGAGCUUCAUCCUCAGAAGCACGAUCAACUCCACGUUAAACAGGAGGAGUUGGAGAUGCCGUACAUCAAACAGGAGACGGAGCCAGAGACCCCCAGCAUUAAAGAAGAAAAACAGGAAGAUGCAAUCCCCAAGUUUCCAAUGACUGUCAGUGUAAAGAGUGAAGAAGAUGAAGGUCCAAUCGAAGAGAGCAGAGCAGAGGAACCUUCGAGCGACGGCUCAUUUCAACACCCGACAACGAAAAGAGAGGGACGAUUGCAACCUGACGGUUUGUUAGCGCCGCUCUCGGACAGUGACGACGUAACGUCACACACGUCAGACUUUAACACUGAUGAAGAGGAUAAAGACUUUGACCGAAAUGCUUCAAAAUACCUAACCGAGUCAUCAUUGAAAAGAGACACAAAAGCGAUUGGGAAACCUUUUACCUGCUCACUUUGUGAUAAAACAUGUUCUCGGAAAUCUGACUUAGAAAGACACAUGCGAACGCACACUGGGGAGAAGCCUUUUGGCUGCACAGUUUGUGAUAAACGAUUCGCUGGGAAGGGAAAUUUAAAAAAACACAUAAUGACACACACUGGAGAGAAACCUUUUGUCUGCACAUAUUGUGGUAAACUGUUUUCUGAUAAGGGAAAUUUAAGCAGACACAGAAUCACACACACUGGAGAGAAGCCUUUUUCCUGCCCUCUUUGUGAUAAAAGAUACUUCACGAAAGCAGAUUUAAACGAUCACACAAGAACACACAAUGAAGAGAAGCCUUUUGCCUGCUCUCUUUGCGAUAAAAGAUUUUUUCGUAAGAAACUGUUAACAGCACACACGCGUACACACAGCGGGGAAAAGCCAUUUCUCUGCACAUUAUGUGGUAAAAGAUUCGCCCAGAAGGCACAAUUAAUAUGUCACACAAGGACACACACUGGGGAAAAGCCUUUCACCUGCUCAUUUUGCGGUAGAAGAUUUUGUGCAAAGGUUCAGUUAACAAGACACAUGAGUGUACACACUGGAGAAAAGCCUUUUCUCUGCACAAGUUGUGGUAAAAGAUUCCUCGAGAAAAGACAAUUACGCAAUCACGCAAGAACACACACCGGGGAGAAGCCUUUUCGCUGCAAAUUUUGUGGUAAACAAUUCGCUGUGAAGGGAUAUUUAACCAAACACACAAUCACACACACUGAAGAAAAGCAAUUUCCCUGCUCAGUUUGCCAUAAAAGAUUCUCUCGUAAAAUACUACUUAACUAUCACACGCAUACACACACUGGAGAGAAGCCUUUUGUCUGCACAGCUUGUGGUAAACAAUUCACUCAUAGGGCAAGUUUAAACAAACACAUAAAGAUUCACACUGGAGAGAAGCCUGUAGCUUGUUUACAUUAAAAAAUGGGGUGUCUUCAUUGUAUUUAUUCAGAUAUAGCAUUGGAGGGUUACAUAUUUCCCUUUUUCCCCAAAAAUAUAAUUCUUUAUCAACUCAUUUGCUCCCCAAAAAACAUAUACAUACGUUCUAUUUUUGUUUCAGUGUCACAAAAUACGUCUUUUAUGCUUUUUUUUUCCCCACAAGAGAUAUCUCUAGGUUCUGAUGCAACUUCGCUUCAAAGCACAAUGGUCAAAAUACAUUUUAAAGCACUAAACCUGGCCACUGGAGGGUAGUAGCGCAUUUUGUAAGAAGUCAUAUGUCAGGAAACGGAAGUAGGAAGAAGCGAGAAGAGUGAGAAAAAUGUAGAGAACAACCUAGCUGGAAACACGCACGGCCAAACCAGUCCCCCCCAGUAACACAACAUGCCCCACACAAGCUCCCCAGGUGACCUCUGCCAUGAGGCAUGUCAAUGGAAAUUAAAUACGCCGAGUUUUGGCGUAUUUAAUUUCCAUUGACAUGCGGAUAUAUCCUCUCUCACUGCUGUCUUCACAGGCAAUCCCACAAAUUAAAGUCAUCAAAGUCAAACAAGAAGAAGUAAUAAAAGUAGCACUUUAGAUAAUUAAGUCCCAUCUUGCCAUCUUGUGGCGAAAAGUUAAUAUGUCAAUAAUAACAAGCAAUAGGAACAUUAUUUCAACAUCAACUGAGGACACAUUUAUGAAUACAAAACAUUUCCUCCACCAUUUCUCUCAACACCCCCACUUGUUCUCAUGUUGAUGCCUUUUUAACAAUCAAAUGAAAUUUUACAUUUCAAAUUCCAAAAAUAACACUGUCAAACUUCUUCAAUUUAAACUUUGUUACAGGUUUUGUCAUGAUAUCAGCCAUCAUGUCAUCCGUUGGACAAUACGUCAAUGUUACUCUUCCCUGAUUCACAGUUGAUCUAAUAAAAUUGUAUUUUAUGUCUA